GAGACCAGGAAUCCGUCGGGCGUCGGAGUCCGAAACGGAUCCUCUCCUCUGGCCUGCUCCUCCCCUGUCCCCGCGCGGCGAAUGGUUCGCGCCGGCCUAUAUUUACCCGAGAUCUUCCUCCCGGACGGCAAGGAUGUGAGGCGGGCGAGCCAGCUACGGCUCGCGGCACCGGAGAGGGCGAGCUGCAGAGGCGAGCAGCCGACCGAGGACAGCCGGGGAGGGAAGGAAUGAGGUAGCGGCGGGCCCCGGAGCCGGCCAUGCGCGCGCCCCGCCCUCGGAGCCCAGCGCUGCCCCGGCCGGGCCAGCCCGGACAGUGAGCGGCCGGAGCGAGGAUGCGGUGAGCCCCAGCAGGACUGCUGCGCUGGGCCCCCGCCGCCACCGGACCCACCGCCCGACCGCUCUCCGGGCACGCCGCGGACCUGGGACCAGCCCCGCCGGGGGCGCCCCGUGGGGGUGGGGAGCACUGGCCCCUGGCACUCUCACGGGAGAGUUUCGGCGGCUUCUGGCCCCAGUCCCCGGGGCUGGGGGCAGGGGGUGCCUUUUUACGUUUGCGGAGGAGUGCGCGGACAGCCUCGCACCAUCCCGGGCGCUUUGGCCGGGGGCACCCUCCGUUGUAUUUGCUCGCGCGCAUCUAGCUUGUUUCUCAGACAUUUUCCGCUCCGCUCCUAUCCUCUUUCUCUUUUUGUUGCCUGCCUGAGACUCCGCGGUCCUCCUUUGCCCAGGCUGGGCUAAUUCGGUGCGCGCGCGCCCCCGUUCCCCCUUUAUUUUUCCACACUCGAAACAAUAUUCCCUCCCCUGCCCCCCGCGGGGUUCCCUAGCACUAUUUGUCCUCUCGUCCCCUCCCCCCUCCAACUCCCUACUCGCAGAGUUUUAUUUUUCGGUCUUGCCCGGGCCGAGCCCGGCCGGAGCUGGUGGCUCAGCGGGGCCCGCACCCGGCGCUCCGCCGCCGCCGCCCAGCAGCGCCGGGGCGCCCUCCGGAGAUGCUGCCGUGGAAGAAGCACAAGUUCGAGCUGCUGGCCGAGGCGCCGCCGCGGCAGGCGUCCAAGCCCAAGGGCUACGCCGUGAGCCUGCACUACUCGGCGCUCAGCUCGCUCGCGCGGGCGUGCCCCGAAGGCGCGCUCAGCCGGGUGGGCAGCAUGUUCCGCUCCAAGCGCAAGAAGCUGCACAUCACCAGCGAGGACCCCACCUACACCGUGCUCUACCUGGGCAAUGCCACCACCAUCCAGGCGCGCGGCGACGGCUGCACCGACUUAGCUGUGGGCAAGAUCUGGAGCAAAAGCGAGGCGGGCCGUCAGGGCACCAAGAUGAAGCUGACCGUGAGUGCGCAGGGGAUCCGCAUGGUGCACGCCGAAGAGCGCGCGCUGCGCCGCCCGGGCCACCUCUACCUGCUGCACCGCGUCACCUACUGCGUGGCGGACGCGCGACUCCCCAAGGUCUUCGCCUGGGUGUACCGGCACGAGCUGAAGCACAAGGCAGUCAUGUUGCGCUGCCACGCCGUGCUGGUGUCCAAGCCCGAGAAGGCGCAAGCCAUGGCCCUGCUGCUCUACCAGACGUCGGCCAACGCUCUGGCGGAAUUUAAACGCCUCAAACGGCGGGACGACGCGCGCCACCAGCAGCAGGAGCUGGUGGGCGCGCACACCAUCCCGCUAGUGCCGCUGCGCAAGCUGCUCCUGCACGGGCCCUGCUGCUACAAGCCGCCGGUGGAGCGCAGCCGCAGCGCGCCCAAGCUCGGCUCCAUCACCGAGGACCUGCUCGGCGAGCAGCAGGAGCAGGAGCUGCAGGAGGAGGGGGAGGAGGAGCAGCCCGAGGCCUGCUUGGAAGAGGAGGAGGAGGCGGGGGAGGCCGAGACGCAAGGGGCGCUGGUGGUGGCCAUGCACUUGGAAUGCGGGGACUUGCUGGACACGCUGGAGAACGACCGCGAGGAGGCUCCGGGGGGCGGCGGGGUCUCGGUGGGCCCCGGCGCCGGGCCGCCGCCCCUGCUGUUGGGCAGCGCCUCGGACAUGAAGGCCGAGCUGUCGCAGCUUAUUAGCGACCUGGGCGAGCUCAGCUUCGGCAACGACGUGCGCACCCUGCAGGCCGACUUGCGGGUGACGCGCCUGCUGUCGGGCGAGAGCACCGGCAGCGAGAGCUCCAUCGAGGGCGGGGGCCCGGACGCCGCCUCCGUCCCCGCCGGGGACCCGUCCGGCAACACCGGCAGCGCCAGCCCCGAGGAGCCGCGCUCGGGCUGAGAGCCGCGCCCACGGGGGCUCCCUAACCGCGGUUCCGACCUGGUCCCCGUCCCUGGCCCCUCGUCCCGGGACAGGGAAAUGGGGCACUCCUGAGUUCUCUCCGGCCGCCACCCUCCACCCGUCCGCGACGCCCCAGUACUUGGCUCUGUUGGAGGCGGCUCGGGUUGCGCAAGGGUUAGUGGGGGGUGCUGUGUGACCCCGGGAAAUCCCACAACGGAGAGAUGGGGGUGAGGGGGCCCCCGGGGCUGCAGGGGCGCGAGGUGCCUGGCCCCGGCUUCCUGUUUGCGGACAGCUGGGCCGGACGAGGAGGGGUUAACUUCCUCCCCGACCCCCCUGAGGGGAGGGCCUUGCGCUGUCAUUGCCGUGUCAUUAAAAACGUUCGAGCCUUUCGGGAGGCCUCCGCACCUCCCGUUCUGUUUGGUUCCAGAGCUUGUGCUGUUUACCUCAGACUGAGACCCUUGAAAACCUGCCAAAUUCCUCAAAUAACUGUUUUAUUUGGGGGGGGGGGGAGUGAAAGCAAGCUGCAAGUUGUUUACAGUUAAAGACAUCUAAUAUCUAAAAAAAAGGAGCUCUCCUUUAGAAACACACGCACCUUCCUCCUGUUCAGAAGAUCUCACUCCGUGCCGCUGUGUAAAAUAUUUUUGCACUGUUGUGAAGUAUUUUUGACUUUUUUUUGUACGUAACCGUGUUCUCAGAGCUGGAUGUUUUAUACCUUUUGCUGUGCAAAAGAAACAUAUAACAUGUUGUGCGGUUGUAUAUACAGAAAUGUGGAUAAAGCAAUUUGUUAUUUUUUAA